CUUCCCAUAUUUUAUUUCUGUUUACCAAGAGUAAACCAUCAGUUAGAUUUAAAAUUUCAAAAAGUAAAGUCGUCAACAUUAAUAUUUUAUUCAACAUGAUUACAAAAGUAGCUUUCGUUCUGUUAUUUUAUAUAAAUUUUUCUUCAGGUGAACAAAUUGAAACAGAUAGUCCUGAUUAUAAUUUUCAAUCUGUCGACCAAAAAAAUUCUAAUCCAAGAAAUCAAUUUUACCCCUUUCACAUAUUUGAAGCUAGCCCAGAUAUUUAUUAUGGGUCUUUCAGAAGACCCGUGAAACCCUGCAGCAAGUUUAUAAAUGCUCAAGAUACAUUUAAAGACGAAAAUGACCAACGAUGGAUCCCUACAUACAAAAAACAAAUAAUCAAACCUAUUCCAAUAGCUGACCAAGACAGUUUUACUGGUAACAAUAAUUUAAUUUACCAGUCCCUGAAAGACAAAGACUUUGAUGAAGAAAAUUCUGACAAACAAAGAAGGGAUGGCGAUCAAUCAUUAAAAGAUAUUUCUGAACAAGAUACUGAUGAACAUAGUUUAAAAAUGGAAUCACCGUCACAAUCAUUUUAUAAAGAGGACUUAUCCAAAAAUUCACCAAAAGACGGAGCCUUUAAAAACCUCAAAUUAGAUCAAAAAAAAGCUAACGAAAAAAAAGAAGGAAAAGUUUCUGACCAAUCAGAUGUUACAAACCCAAUCAUACCAUUUCAUUAUAAUGAUAAUAUAGACAAAUUUGAUAAAAAUGAUUUCAAUGAAGAUAUAAAAUGUAUCAAUAAAGAUACUAUAAUCCCCCAAAAGGAUUUACAUAAAUCUCGUUAUUUUGCUAAACAGAAUAGUAUUUAUAGGUCAGGCGCUAAUCUCGAUGUUAAACAAAGCUUAAAAUUAAAUGAUGAUAAGAAUAUUUUAAUAGAUUCAGAUAAUAACAUAUAUGAUAAUAAUAAUACAUCUAAGAAUGUAGACGAUUCGUCAAAUAUUCAGAAUACUAUACCUCAAACAAGAAAAUUUAAUAAUAACGUACAAAUGUUUGAGGACAAUGAAAGAAAAAAUCGCAAUGACCUUAUAGAAAAUACUGUUAGUAACUCUAACGCUCCUGAAGAAGAACGACAGUUUAUUGAGCCAACAAAAGGUCGUGGUAUCGUACCAAUGUCCGAAUCAAAAAUGAUGUUCAUGGAAAAUAGCAGAAUCUGCUACGCUUGUAGCAGUACCAGUAAUCCGACUUGUUUAGCCCCAGAUAGGAGGACAACUGUGAAGUAUUGUCAUAAAGGUCAUAAUGCAUGUGUUACCAAAAAAUUUCAAAGUCAAGGUACUUCUAUUAUAGUACGCGAUUGUGCCAGUACCUGUGAUGACCCUUCCCUUGGUGGAUUUGCACUAAAAUAUAAAUCCUGCUCUAUUUGUCAUUCUGAUCUUUGUAAUGAUAAGAAUGGAGCUUUUUCCUUUAAUAAUCAAAGCAUUGUUCUUAGUUUACUAAUAAUAAUGUUCAUAAAAUGUGUUGUUUAAAAACACGUUGCAAAUUAUUAAAAAGUUUUAUGUGAUUGAUUAUAAUGUCAUUGCAUGGAAAUAAUAUUUGUAUAUUUAUAUAUAUUAUUUAUACAAUGUUAAAUUGGG